GUCGCGUGAUCCUGCGCAAACGCAGUGAGAUGCAGUUGCCACCGAGUCCGGAACGACAACAGCAGCAAACAGACGAGAGCACCCGGGAAGAGUCGGCGUCGCCAGUGCCGGAACCAGGAGCCUCCGCGAGCAAGAUGGCCGCUCCCGAGACCGAGGCCGAGGGGCACGGGCACUAGGUCCGGACCCGCGUACCCUUCUCCCGGACGCCUGCGUCCCCACAAAGACCUCGAGCUUCUAGCCAAGACACCCGCAUGGAUUAUUCUCGCUGUGGUCACGAGGCCGUUCCUAAAGCGCUCUAGUUGGCCCAGACUGAGAACUCUGGCAUCUGGCUGCUCGGAGCUGGAACCUCAGGGAAGUCUGCUGCAACAAGUGCGACCCUGACCGCUCCAUGCUCGCGGGCGCGGGGAGGCGUGGCCUCCCCCGGGCCGGCCACCUCUGUUGGCUGCUGUGCGCUUUCACCUUAAAACUCUGCGAGGCAGAGGCUCCGGUGCGCGAGGAGAAGCUAUCAGUGAGCACUUCAACUUCGCCAUGUUGGUUGGCAGAAGAGUUUGUGGUGACUGAAGAGUGUACUCCAUGUUCUAACUUCCAGAUUAAAACAACACCUGAGUGUGGUUCUACAGGGUAUGUGGAAAAAAUCACAUGCAGCUCGUCUAAGAGGAAUGAAUUCAGAAGCUGCCGUUCGGCUCUACUGGAACAACACUUAUUCUGGAAAUUUGAAGGCGUCGUGGUGGCUGUAGCUUUAGUCUUCGCCUGCCUUGUCAUCGUUCGUCAGCGACAACUGGACAGAAAGGCUCUUGAAAAAGUCCGGAAGCAAAUUGAGUCCAUAUAGCUGAAUUUCUCCUGUAUUAUGGUGGCUCUUUACGGACUGUAUCUCAGAUGGAGAAAGUUCAGCUGGCUAAUUUGCACUCGUAAGCCUUGUGGUAGUGGCAUUUUCAAUGACUUCCUCUUCUAGACCGUUAAUGAGCACAAUAAAAAGUAAAAUAGAACUGGACAUGACACAGACUUGGAACCCCAGCACUCGAGAGAAUGAGGCUGGAGGAUCCUUGGUAACUUUGUAGGCCGACUAGGCUGAACUACAUAGUAAGCCUGUCUUUAAAGAGAAAACAGAAAUAAUAAAGGAGUAAACAGUU